GUCAAACGCUGGGACAGAUGGGACAGCAGGCUACUCUGGAGGCACCGCUCAAGUGGCCCUAGACCCGCUCACAGUGCUCCCACUCCCUGCACGACCGAAAAAGCUACUCUGUUGGAAGGAGACGCUUCUGACUUUCUCACACACAGAUAAUCUUAAGAGAAAACUGGAAACACUAGACUGGUACAAUACCUUUGGACAAAAACUUGAAGGAUGCAGGARGGGAGCUGGAACCAGUCCCUCCCCCCCUCUCUGCUUGUGAAGGAUGGGCGUGGGGUUCUAGAAGGAGAUGGGUGCGUGUUCUCGGAGGCUUCGUCUGAUGGGGAUCUGUACCUGGACUCUAUGGCGGAGCUGGAUGCUGGUGACGGGGACUUUCCAGACCUUACUGCCUUUCUCAGCCAAGAUGAGAUCAACCGUAGCCUGGACCUGGCCUGGGAGGCCUUCAGUGACGCAGAAGACUGGGUGGACCCUGUCUCCCCUAUUCCCAAAACCCAGGAGCCGGCUCUCCACUACCACCCCUCCCUUGCCCCCUUCAACACCACAGAAUACCUGACCAAAAGCCCCUGCUUCCCCCAUGAAACAAAAGUAUCGUCCAUGGACGACAGCCACUCAGUCAAAGUCACCUCCAGCCAGAGUGUCCACCUCAGCAGGCCCAUACAGGCCACCUUCGAAGCCACGGCCUCGCCUGAGAAGUUUGUCUGCCACAAGAACAUCACCCCAGUCUAUAAACAGGACAAGCCCCGGCUGGUCCAUGAGGGCUUGGAGCUGAAUGAACGYGCUGCCUCAGCCACGGAGUUCUGCAGCCGUGCCGCCACCUUCAUCGAGGAGCUGUCCUCCAUCUUUAAAGGCUCCUCUCUGCUGGAGCAACAGGGGGAGGAAGACUCCUCCUCUCCUGACAGCGGGUACCUGUCUCCUAAGAGCCACCGGCUUGCCCCCCGGGGCUUUGCCUCUGUCCCUCCACAGCCUUUCAUCCAACAGGUGGCGGCGCAGCAGGACCAGCCAGGCCUGGGUACCCAGCCAGCAAGCGUGAUGGGCGUAACGGGUGUGAUGGGUGUCCCUCCACUGAGUGUGACAGGMGUGCCAGUUGUCUCUGGUCUAAUGAGUGUGAAUGAGUUGAUGGGAGAGCAGCAGCACAGUGGAGCCCAGUUGAUGGGGGAGCAGCACAGUGGAGCUCAGUGUGUAGAUGGAGACCUGUCGCUGCCACACUUCACCCAGAAGCUGAAGAGUCAGGAGGUGGCAGAGGGACACCCCAUCAGGCUGGAGUGCAGGGUGGCAGGAAACCCUCAGCCGCUGGUCAGGUGGUUCUGUGAGGGGCGGGAGCUACACAACUGUCCUGACGUCCAGAUCUGGAGGGAUGGUGACCUGUACACGCUGAUGAUCGCUGAGGCCUUCGAGGAAGACACGGGACGCUACACCUGCGUUGCCUCCAACAGUCUCGGCGCUGACAACACCUCGGCAGAGGUCUACAUCGAGGGUGCUUCAUCCUCAGACUCAGAAGGAUCUUUGACAAAUUCCAGAUCAGGAGUCAUGCCUCAGUCCCAGAAGAAGACAACUUCAAUCUCCCUGUCCCAUAUCAUUCACCUUCACAGCCAGAAAGCCCCGGCCGUACCUUCACCGCUUCACCCUGUUUCUUUCCUAUGA